AUGUCGCUAUACUCGAACCCGCCCCCGUACCGUGACUUCCUGUCAGACAAGCCGACACUGCUGGUAUGCUGGUGGUGCACCGUAUUCUGCGCCACCAUCAUUCUACUAAGAAUAGGAGGCCGGUUCGUGAGGAGCGAGACUCUGUUCACCGAGGACAAGAUUGCCGCCCUGGCUAUCUUGCCGCUCUUUGCCCGCAUGGGUUGUGUUCAUGUCAUUUUGCUAUGGGGUACCAACAAUGCCGAUUUCAGGGGCGUUGAACUUUCCCAAGAGCAGGUGCACCUGAAGGAGCUGGCUAGCAGGCUGGUGCUCCUGAGUCGCAUCUUGCACGUCGCAACGCUCUGGGUUCUCAAAGCCGCCAUACUGGAAUUCUUCAAGCGGCUCACAGGCGUCUCAUGGCAAAAGUCAUACGACGUCGCUCUCAUAAUUAUCCGAUGCUUGCUGGGUCUGACAUUCCUGGCAGUUGUGGCCAGUGCUCUGGGCGAAUGUCGUCCAUUUGACCAUUACUGGCAGGUCCUUCCAGAUCCUGGCGGCCAGUGCCGCCAGGGUUAUGCGCAUCUGCUCACCAUGUCAGUCUGCAACGUCAUGACCGAUCUUAUCCUAGUUCUUUUCCCGGCGCCCAUCAUCAUCCGCAGUGCCAUGACUGUCAAGCGCAAGUUUCAGCUUGUCUUGCUGUUCUCGCUCAGUCUAUCAGUGGUGGCUGUUACCCUCUACCGCGUACCAACAGUCAUAUCGCACCGGGGAAGCCAGCAAAUAAGAUCUCUGCUAGCAUCUAUUGAGCUCCUGUUCGCCACGGCAGCCUCGAAUGCGCUGGUGCUGGGCACAUUUGUGAGGGAUCGUGGCGUUAAGAAGAGGAGGUUCAAAUACGGCUCCAUUGCAGCCGACUCGCUUGAUCGGACAAGUUCUCGCUCACGCCGCCCCACCGUGGUCCGGCACUGGGGAAGCGACGAGGACUUGGUCCGCGGCCUCGGUCUAGGAGUCCAGCCCAACCUCAGAGACAGGCCCGAGUCGCCUGGACUAGGCCAGCACUCCUACUUUCACCACCCGGCCCCCAUGGCGCGGCUUGGGGAUAUCGAAAGCUGGCAAUUCCCUUCCGACCGGAGGGCCAGUGGGGGAGGCAUGAGCGAAACAAUGAGCGACUCGUCUCUGCUCAAUAAUCGGGAGCAAUUGGUAUAUUCUUCGCGUAGUAACUCGACCACAACUCCGCGAAAGGUUUCCUUCUUUGAUGUUGGCGGUCUGCUCUCGGACGAAGAGGAACGAUCAAACGCGCGCAGGGAUAGUCGUAUCAGCUCUAUUAGCUACCAAUCCGGCAUCGACCCGCUUUCUGCGAUCCCUCGCGGCGGCCCCCCUUCACCAACGCUGAAAGCGAGCUCCCUGGGUUCACGGAGAGGCUCAACGGCAAUUUUACAGGACAUGGGAGGUCUGUUUGGCUCUCUGGGUGCCGGCAACAACGGCACCGUAAGCGGACUUGCAGCACGAAACAGUGCUAAAAUCAGAAGCCCAGGUCUACAUCAUUCAAGCCCUGGAAUGACGGAGCUGGAAGUAAUACCACAGGAGCCUCGCUUCGAGUCGUCUCAUCCGAACGAAGACGGGACUAUGCGAAAGGAGAGCUCGGACCUCGACGAUUCGACUAUAUCAGAGCACUUCCCUGACAAGAAACAGACUGAAUAA